AUGUCCAAAGAACCUACUCCUAAUACGGCCGUGACAAUGGUGAAAGAUAAUGAUCCCAUCAACAAUAAUUAUGGCUCCCAAGAGGUGGCAAUCGAAGCCCCCCACUUGCCAGGCAAUUAUAGUGCCAGAACUUCCAAUAAAUGGAUGAUCAAUGACAGCACUACCGUGAGCCUGGACUCGCUUGGGCGUGGUGAAACUGGUGAAAAGGUUUCUUCUUUGCAAAAAGAUGAAAUUCAUUCAAAAGUUUCUCCUUUUAAAGUUUCGCCUGGUCAAUUGUAUUCCACAGAUAGCGGUAGCCUAUUUCAUGCUGGCAAAUUGUUAAUAUGCCUCACUGGUCUUCCGGGUAGAGGUAAAACCCACAUGUCUGUUUCAUUGACGAGAUAUUUGAGAUGGUUAGGUGUAAGUGCGCAAGUUUUCCAUUUUGAUGAUUUCAGGCGGCAAGCUUUAAAAAGCAAUGAAAUUUCUCCAUCAUUCUUCAGUCAAAAGCCUAGUGAUUUGGAAAUCUCAAAGAUUAAAGAGACUGUUGUUGAAACAUGUUUGAAUAAUAUUGAAGAUUUUUUGCUCAAAAAUAAUGGCCAAGUAGCAAUAUAUGAUGCGAUCAAUGGCAUUGCCAAGAAUCGUAUUGAACUACAAGAAAGGUUCAACAAAUUGAGUGUGAAGGUUGUUUUCAUUGAAUCGCUUAUUGAAAAUGAUAAUUUGUUGGCAAAUAGCUUAAAGGAUGCAAUUAAAUCACCAGAUUAUGAAGGAUAUGAUUCGGAUGAGGCAAGAAAAGAUUUUGACAAGAGAGUCGAGUCCGCAUCCGAUUCUUAUGAGGUAAUAAAUGAAGUUGAUCCCACUGAAAGCAUGGUAUUGAGCUAUAUCAAAAGUAUUAAUUUCGGGGAAAGAUUGGUUUUGAACAGAUCACAGUACGGAUAUUUGCUCAAUAGGAUGACUUUCUUCCUUUUGAAUACCAGAAUUAAAAAGGGGUCGAUUUUCUUUGCCAGAUGUGGUGACACAGGAAAUCAUAAGAAUUUGUUGUUUAAGCUGGACCCAUCGCUAACUGAGAAAGGGAAAGCCCAUUCUAAGGUAAUGAUGAACACUUUAGUCAAGCUUCUAAUGAAUAAUCGUAAUAUUAAAGAGAGCGAAAUUAAUAAGAAAUUGAUGGUCUGGACGUCAACGAGAACAAGAACCAUUGAGACAGGUUCAGUAUUUCAGGAAACAUAUGAUAUCCAGGUAACACAAAGAUCGGAAAUGAAUCAAUUGAAUCCGGGAAAUAUUGAGACUUUGACUCGUGAAGAAAUAAAAUAUAAGUUCCCUAUUGAAUAUGAUCUAUUUAAGAAAGAUCCUUACCAUGUUAGGUUCCCAAGAGCUGAAAGUUAUCAUGAUUUAGCGGUUAGAUUAGAGCCUCUUAUAUUAGAAAUGGAGAGGAAUACCAAGAAUAUUUUAAUCAUUGGACAUGAGAGCGUUUUGAGAGUUUUGUACGGUUACUUAUUAAAUUGCAGCUCUAAUGAUAUCCCAUACUUGAAAUUCCCACCAGAAGAAAUCGUUGAAGUUCAAUACAACGCGUACGCUAACACCUCUUCAAGAAUAAAGAUAACUGAAAAGAGAACCUGA